AUGGCUUCCCCCGGAACGAUGUGCUGUGUGUGGUGGGACGAGCGUGUCUCGGCCAUCACAGGUAUGAAACUCCCACUUCCGUGGUCGGGCCACCGCGCAUCGAAUUGGAAGGAUUUGAAGCUGUGCUGCCGUCUCCGAAUCCCUUUGCGGUACAUUAGAACGGAGAGCACGAUACUUAGAAAGAAGGUUGAGCGCAAGUGGGUAAACAAGACUUUGGAAGUCUUCUCCAUCGACGCCUAUCCCACGUCGAGCACGUUCGGUCGGAAAUUAGUGUCGACGAAGUUCGACGUAACAUUGUCUCGCGAGGAUGGCAGGGACUUGGUCCCGAAGCAUGUGGAGGCGAUCAUGGCGUUCAUCGAGUCGGAGCUGCAGGAUCUGGUUGUUCGCAACAAUGGAGAUAAUGUACCGCACAGAAGGAGGAUUCGGGCUUGCUACUGUGUCUUCACACGACAUAUUUUGCUCUCCGGCGGUGGGUAUGGACACCGCCGGAGGGGCGUCGCCAAGCUGUGCCUCCGCUGGAAGUAUGCCGGCGCCGCUGUCUGCACUACUCUGGCCCGCAUCGAGAAGCUGGACGACGAGAGCCUGUACCGCGGCUACCCUGAUCACACUGGCCGUUCUUCGCAGCCAGAUCACAGGCUCGAGAACUACAGCUACGACGAAGGCCGCUGUCAAGGAGUGGAGAGCUUCGUGGCCAGCAAACAGGGCUCCGCAACAAAGAAGAAUGCUUCACCGACUUUCUCGGGCAAACCUGUCAGCUCCGCACUAGCAAAUCGCGCCAUUUCCGAGGCUUUGGGUCUCCAAAUCCGUUCUGACAUAGGAGAGCUCACCAGCUCCCCCUUCAUCUACCCUACUGCACGCUACGCUGGUGAUCGUCUUUCGAUUAACAGACUUCUCGCUCGCUACGAGAUCACUACUCUCCGAAAAGUUGUCCGGUCACUAUGGAAGCCGACACUCUACGAUCGUGCGACAGAGUCGAAUUUCAGUGGCAACGCUGGCGGCGUAGGAGGUGAUAGUGGUGUUGAGCCAACUCCGACUGGCAGCGUGUCUAAUGGCAGUGAGCAGCUGACUUGA